UCAAUGGCGGACAGCCUGGUUGAUUCGUCUUCUCUUGAACUCUGCUAAUCUCUCUAACUUUUGCUUUGUUUUCCAACUUUUACAUCAUCCAACCGAUCAGGUGUAUGCAAGACCCUCCUAUCUGCCACUGGACGACGUUUUGGGUGACUUCGUGAGAAUUUAGUGGCGUUUUUUCCUGCUGACCCCUGGCAUUGUUUUUGAAAACAGCGCGCGCGCGGGCUAUCCAAAUUUUUCGCGGGAAAUCAAGGAGGGCCUGGAUCACGAUCGGUGAACUUGCUUCUUGCUGAAAACUGAACGCCAAACCGAAGAGAUGUCGCAGCAAUCUGCCGUUCUGCACCUCGAGGAUGGGGCUGUCUACGAAGGGCGACUGUUCGGAGCACAGAAAAGUGUUGCCGGGGAAGUCGUGUUCCAGACUGGAAUGGUGGGGUACCCAGAAUCCCUCACCGACCCGUCCUACCGCUCCCAGAUCUUGGUCCUGACCUACCCCCUCAUCGGCAACUACGGGAUUCCCGAGGACGGUCAGGACGAGUACGGGAUCCGCAAGUGGUUUGAGUCGGCAAAGAUCCACGUGUCGGCUCUGAUCGUCGGGGAGUACUCCCAGCAGUACAGCCACUUCAGCGCACAGAAGUCCCUGUCGGACUGGCUGAAAGAAUACGACAUUCCUGCCAUUGAAGGUAUUGACACGCGUGCCCUGACCAAGAAGAUCCGUGAGAAGGGCACCAUGUUGGGGAAGGUGGUGGUUGACGGCAACGAUGUUCCAUUUGAAGACCCCAACCUGAGAAACCUGGUGGCUGAGGUGUCAUAUGAUGAGCCGCAGGAGUACAACCCGAAAGGUGAUGUGAGGAUCAUGGUGGUGGACUGUGGGCUCAAGUUCAACCAGCUCCGCUGCCUCUGCAGACGGGGUGCCAAGGCCAAGGUUGUUCCCUGGGACUACAAGUUCAACAGUGAUGAGUAUGAUGGCCUGUUCCUGAGUAACGGCCCGGGUGACCCGUCCAUGGCCACACAGACCAUACAGAACAUCCAGCGUGUCGUGAACGAGCCCAACCCCAAACCUCUGUUUGGCAUCUGCCUGGGGCACCAGCUUCUGUCCAUAGCUAUCGGUGCCAAAACCUACAAGAUGAAGUAUGGCAACCGCGGCCACAACCAGCCGUGCAUCCACUCUGGCACGGACCGGUGUUACAUCACGUCCCAGAACCACGGCUUCGCUGUUGACGCAUCCAACCUCCCCCAGGACUGGUCUAUUCUCUUCACCAACGCUAACGACAAGACCAACGAGGGUAUUGUGCACAACUCCAAGCCCUUCUACAGUGUCCAGUUCCACCCAGAGAACAUGGCAGGGCCACAGGACCUGGAGUCACUGUUUGAUGUCUUCUUGGAUGUGGUCAGAACGCACAAGAAAGGCAUGGGACAGGCAGGCCCUUGCGUAAAGGAUCGUCUGGUUGACCAUCUUGAGUACAAGGUGCCACCAUCGGUGCCUGAGAGUCGCCCCAGCAAGGUGCUGAUCCUGGGCUCAGGGGGCCUGUCUAUUGGUCAGGCCGGGGAGUUCGACUACUCUGGAUCUCAGGCCAUCAAGGCGUUGAAGGAAGAAGGUAUCCAGACGGUCCUGAUCAACCCAAACAUCGCCACAGUCCAGACCUCCAAGGGCCUGGCAGACAAGGUGUACUUCUUACCCAUCAAACCUGACUACGUCACACAGGUCAUCAAAAGUGAGCGUCCAGACGGAGUGUUGCUGACCUUCGGUGGACAGACGGCGCUGAACUGUGGCGUGGAGCUGACCAAGCAGGGCGUUUUCGAGAAGUACAACGUGCGCGUCCUUGGUACCCCGGUCUCGUCCAUCGUGAUGACUGAGGACCGCGAGAUCUUCGCCAAGAAGAUGGCUGAAAUUAAUGAGUUUGUUGCCCCCAGCGAGGCAGCAUACUCUGUGGACCAGACUGUCGAAGCUGCAGAGCGCUUAGGCUACCCCGUCAUGGUGCGAGCAGCCUACGCCUUGGGCGGGCUGGGCUCAGGGUUUGCCAACAACAGAGGAGAACUGACCAAGCUGGCUACGGCGGCCUUCGCUCACACAAACCAAGUCCUGGUGGACAAGUCGCUCAAAGGCUGGAAGGAGGUGGAGUAUGAGGUGGUCAGGGAUGGCUUCGACAACUGCAUCACGGUUUGUAACAUGGAGAAUGUGGACCCGCUGGGGAUCCAUACGGGAGAGUCCAUUGUCGUGGCUCCCAGUCAGACCCUGUCCAACAAGGACUACAACAUGCUGAGGACGACGGCUAUCAAGGUCAUCCGCCAUCUGGGGGUGGUGGGGGAGUGUAACAUCCAGUAUGCACUCAACCCGGAGAACGAACAGUUCUACAUCAUCGAGGUGAAUGCCCGUCUGUCCAGAAGCUCUGCCCUGGCCAGUAAGGCCACAGGUUACCCGCUGGCUUACGUGGCGGCCAAGCUGGCCCUGGGUAUCCCCCUCCCCGAGCUGAAGAACUCCGUCACAGGCUGCACCACGGCCAACUUUGAGCCCAGUCUGGACUACUGCGUGGUCAAGAUCCCACGCUGGGACCUGAGGAAGUUCAACCGAGUCAGCAAAAAUAUUGGCAGCUCCAUGAAGAGUGUAGGAGAGGUGAUGGCAGUGGGACGGCGGUUUGAGGAGGCCUUCCAGAAGGCUCUGCGCAUGAUGGAUGAAAACUGCCUCGGCUUCGACACAAACCACAGCCUGAUCGACCUGGAACUGUCAGAUCUAGAUAAGGAGCUGGUCAGUCCCACAGACCAGAGGAUCUUUAUGGUGGCCAAGGCCAUCGCAGCCGGCUACACCAUCGACCGUCUGUACAACCUGACUCGCAUCGACAAGUGGUUCCUCUACAAGUUCAAGAACAUCGUGGACUGUGCUCAGACAAUGCAGAAGUUCUGCACAAAGGCCAAUAUGCUGGACAAGGACAUCCUGCUUCAAGCCAAACAGCUGGGCUACUGUGACAAACAGAUCGCUGCCUGUAUUGAAAGCACUGAGCUGGCCGUGAGGAAAGCCCGUCAGCAGUAUGGCGUUGUACCGAGUAUAAAGCAGAUAGACACGGUGGCUGCAGAAUGGCCGGCCUCUACAAACUACCUGUACCUGACCUACAACGGCUCUGCCAGCGACCUGGACUUCCCCGGAGGUUACAUCAUGGUGAUCGGGUCGGGCGUGUACCGUAUCGGCAGCUCCGUGGAGUUCGACUGGUGCGCUGUGGGAUGUAUACGCGAGCUGAGGAAGCUUGGCUUCAAAACCAUCAUGGUGAACUACAACCCUGAGACAGUGAGCACAGACUACGACAUGUGUGACAGGCUCUACUUUGACGAGAUCACUUUUGAGACUGUGAUGGACAUCUAUGAGUUUGAGGACCCAGAAGGCAUCAUCCUGUGUAUGGGAGGACAGCUGCCCAACAACAUUGCCAUGGAUCUGCACAGGCAACAGGCCCGGAUCCUGGGUACAUCGCCAGAAGGCAUUGACAACGCAGAGAACAGGUUCAAGUUCUCCCGUAUGCUGGACAACAUCGGAAUCGAACAGCCCCAGUGGAAGGAACUGACAGACAUGGACACUGCUCGUGAGUUCUGUGAGAAGGUUGGGUACCCGUGCCUGGUGCGACCGUCCUACGUGCUGAGCGGUGCGGCCAUGAACGUGGCCCACUCCGCACACGAGCUGGAGGACUACCUCAACAACGCUGUGUCCUUUUCCAGGGAACACCCUGUCGUCAUCUCCAAGUUCAUCCUGGAGGCCAAGGAAAUUGAUGUUGAUGCGGUGGCCAGAGAUGGAGAGGUCCUGGCUAUCGCUGUGUCUGAACAUGUGGAGAACGCAGGUGUCCACUCCGGAGACGCCACGCUGGUGACCCCACCUCAGGACUUGAAUGAAGAGACCCUGCGUAAGAUCCAUGCCAUCGUGCUGGCCAUUGGGCGAGAGCUGGAGGUGACCGGGCCAUACAACAUGCAGCUCAUCGCAAAGGACAACCAGCUGAAGGUGAUCGAGUGCAACCUCCGCGUGUCUCGCUCCUUCCCCUUCGUCUCUAAGACCCUCGGACACGACUUCAUCGCCAUGGCAACACAGAUCAUCAUGAACCAGCCCGUCGAGCCGGUCGAGCUGAACGGGACUGGGAAAGUCGGCGUGAAGGUUCCACAGUUCUCGUUCUCGCGGCUGGCCGGUGCUGACGCCCUGCUUGGCGUGGAGAUGGCGAGUACGGGCGAGGUGGCGUGCUUCGGCGAGAACCGCUACUCCGCGUACCUGAAGGCCAUGCUGAGCACCGGCUUCCGCAUCCCCCGCAAGAACAUCCUGCUGUCCAUCGGCAGCUACAAGAACAAGAACGAGCUCCUGCCUGCCGUGCGGACCCUGGAGAACCUGAAGUACAAGCUGUUCGCCAGCAUGGGUACUGCUGACUUCUACAGCGAACAUGGCAUACAGAUCACUCCCAUCGAAUGGCCAUUUGAAGAUGGAGAAGGAGGCAACACUCUCAGUGCCAAGGGUGAGAAGGAGCCCAACAUCGCUGACUACCUGGCCGAGAACAUGUUUGACCUGGUCAUCAACCUUCCCAUGAGGAGCGGCGGGUAUCGCCGUGUGUCGUCCUUCGUCACACAGGGCUACCGCACGCGGCGCAUGGCUGUCGACUUCUCCGUGCCGCUUAUCACCGACGUCAAGUGUGCCAAGAUGUUUGUGGAGGCUCUGCGUAAGGUCGGUGGAAAGCCUCAAAUGAAGACACACAUUGACUGUAUGACCUCCCAGAAGCUGGUCAAGCUACCAGGUCUGAUUGACGUCCAUGUCCACGUGAGGGAGCCAGGCGCGACUCACAAGGAGGACUUCUCCUCGUGCACGGCCGCGGCCCUGGCUGGCGGAGUAACCAUGAUCCUCUGCAUGCCCAACACUUCACCACCAACCACAGACCAGGCUUCUCUCGCUCUCACACAAAAGCUUGCCCGACUGAAUGCCAGGUGUGACUACGGUCUGUACGUUGGAGCGGGAACAGACAACGCCGACCUGCUGCCUCCGUUGGGAAACUCCGCCAUUGCCAUGAAGAUGUACCUGAACCAGACAUUCGGACCCCUCAGGCUGGAUGACAUCACACAGUGGAUGCAGCACUUUGAGAAGUGGCCGAAGCACCUGCCCAUCGUGUGCCACGCCGAGGGCCAGACCAUGGCCGCUGCCAUCCUCAUGGCCGAGUUCUACAAGAGGUCCAUCCACAUCGCUCAUGUGGCCAAGAGGGAAGAGAUCAUGGUGAUCCGCCAAGCCAAGGACCGAGGGAUGCAGGUGACCUGCGAGGUUGCGCCCCACCACCUGUUCCUGACCCAGGAUGACCUGGAGGCCAUAGGUCACGCCAGGGGUCAGGUCAAGCCCCCCAUCCAGACCAAGGAGGACCAAGAUGCAUUGUGGGAAAACAUGGACAUCAUCGACUGCUUUGCAACUGACCAUGCUCCCCACAGUGUUGAGGAGAAGGAGGGCCCCAAGCCUCCUCCCGGCUACCCUGGACUGGAGACUAUGCUGCCGCUCCUGCUGACUGCUGUGACUGAUGGCCGAAUCACCAUGGAAGACCUGAUUGCCAAACUGUACCACAAUCCCCGGCGGAUCUUCAACCUCCCUGAGCAGAAGGACACCUACAUCGAGGUGGACCUGGACUCGGAGUGGACCAUCCCCAAGUACAUGAAGUUCACCAAGUCCAAGUGGACGCCCUUCGCUGGGAUGAAGGUCCGCGGGGCGAUCCGGAGGGUGGUGGUGCGAGGGGAGGUGGCCUACGUGGACGGACAGGUGUUAGUACCUCCAGGGUUUGGCCAGGACGUGCGCUCGCAGGCUGAUGCAGUCGUGUUCGCCAAGCCCACAGCUCCUGCCCCGAAGAAAGAUGUGAAGGGAGUCGCUGGGACAGAAAAGCUGGUCCCACACGCAGACUCCAAUCUUGUCAAUCUUACAGCAAACCAGCCAGUACCAGUGCCUGUGCCACACAUCGCUGGGGGAGAGCCAGCCCCACCCACCAUCCUGUCUGCUCCCCCCAGCCCUCGCAAGGUCCAGCCGCAACGUGAGCAGUUCCAGCUCCCCCCGCGGGUUCGCAGGAUGUCUGAGCGGGAGAUGCACACAGACGAUGUGCUACCCUUCCCUGCUGUGGACCGCCUGAAUGCCCCUACCAUUCCCGCCAUUCGAGAGCGAAUACGCCAUCUAUCCGAGAGCUCGAUGAAAGGUGGUGAGAGAAUUCGCCAUCUGUCUGAGAGCUCUAUGAAAAGUGAGGGCACCCCUCCCUCGGCGGAGAACCAGAUCGUGGGUGUGCGUGGGAUCAGCAUGACCCCCCCGUCUGUCGGCAGCACCCCCCAGCCCAUCCCCCUCCCCAUCAGCAGCUCCACUCACGGCUUCGUCGGCCUGCACGUCCUCACAGCUACAAGGUUCAACAAGGAACAGCUGCACCACCUGUUCAACGUGGCCCACAACAUGCGGACCAUGGUGCAGAAGGACAGACCACUGGACGGCCUGCUCAAGGGUAAGGUGAUGGCGAGUCUGUUCUACGAGGUCAGCACGCGGACCAGCAGCUCCUUCCUGGCCGCCAUGCAGCGUCUGGGCGGGACGGUCAUCCAGCUGGACGAGAGCAGCUCCUCCCACCAGAAGGGAGAGUCUCUCUCAGACACAGUACAGGUGAUGUGUGGCUACAGUGACGUGGUGGUCAUCAGGCACCCCAAGCCUGGAGCACUGGAGGUUGCGUCCAGGAACUGCCGUAAGCCGAUCAUCAACGCCGGUGACGGGACGGGAGAACACCCGACCCAGGCCCUGCUGGACGUCUUCACCAUCAGGGAGGAACUCGGCACGGUCAACGGCAUGACGGUGACGAUGGUGGGAGACCUGAAGCACGGCCGGACUGUCCACUCCCUGGCCAGGCUGCUGACCCUCUACAGGGUCAACCUGGUCUACGUCGCCCCCAAGGGUCUGGAGAUGCCUCAGGAGGUGGUGGACUACGUCUCUGCACGCGGCAUUCCACAGUCCACCUACAGCAGUCUGGAGGACGCCCUUCCUGAGACAGACGUGCUGUACAUGACCCGCAUACAGAAGGAAAGGUUUGCCACGCCUGAGGAGUACGAGAGGAGCUGUGGCCAGUUUGUGGUGACACCUCACAUCAUGACUAAGGCGAAGAAGAAGAUGGUUCUGAUGCACCCACUACCCAGGGUCUUUGAAAUCAGUCCUGAGGUGGACACAGACCCGCGUGCAGCGUACUUCCGCCAGGCUGAGUGCGGCAUGUACGUCAGGAUGGCGCUCCUCGCUCUGGUCCUGGGGCGGGUCUGAUCCUGCUGAACCAAGUCUGCCGUCAUGUACCUUCUCUCCAAACAACUGCCCUCAUGCAAUGUUUCAGUACUAUUUUUAUAGCAUAUUACAUGUAUAUCCAAGUAUUGCCGAUGUAACAGUUACUGUCAAGAUUAUAAUGGACUCACUGUAUACACAUAUUUCAGAUUGACUUACAGGAUACUUCAGGACACCUAAAUGUGACCUGAAUUGUCUGUUGUUUUACCUCUUGGAGCUGAGAUGUCAAAGAUAUUUAUUCUUUCCUUUCUUUACUUCCCAGUUUGAUAUGUCUUAAAUACAUUUACCUUGAUAUACAAUAUAUAUGAACAGUCAAGGUUUAUCAACAAUGUAGCAGAGUAUUGGUUUACUUAUUCUUUUAUCUCUUUACAAUUUAAUGACUUGUCUGAGUGUUUGAUAACAUUCAUAGACUUCAGGUUGCAUCAAGAUAGAAGUUUGUGUUAAACACAUUCCAGAUGGAGACCAAGGAAUCUCUAAGUUGUGUUGCUUACAAUGUGCCAUACAGGAGCUGAAUAUUGGUUCUACAUGCAGCAUGUAGAAGACCACUGAUGAACUAUAACAACUUCAAUCAAAGCAACUUUUACAAACUUAACAUGAUGAAAGAACUUUCAAAUGGCAAAGCAAUCGUGGACAGUAAAUGUUACUUUUAAAAAAUGCAUGCAUCCUCGAGAAAGUCAUGUACUUGCGGGACAGCCGGUUGUCAGAUAGAAGCACAAAUGAAGCCGCUUGUGCCUGAGUUGGGAAACACAAUUUAGAUGUACACAUGGAUGAAUGAUGUAUUCGUGAACUAGAGACCAAAGGCCUUCAGACCUUGUGCUAUUGUACUUAUCUUUUCCUGAGUAACCUUGUAAUCCUUGUACUGGCUUUUUCACAGAUUACUUUACUACUUUACCUGUGUACUCAAUUCUGUAAUGAGUUUAUAUGUAAUGCACCAGUGGACACUCGUUAUGUGUGGAUUAUCAGGAUUUAAACUGGAAGGACCCUGUUCGUGUUUCAACCUUAAAUUUAACUUCACGAGUGCAUAUGUAGUUAAGACACAUUGUAAUUCAUGUAGAACUUAUAAUACAUGUAGAAUAUGAUUUGUGCAUUAUGAAUGUAAUGGGAAUGUGGAGAUUGAUCAGGUUGGAAGGAUGAAAUGUUCUCAAGAGUAUAUCAUAUCUGGACAAGUAGCAAAAGAGGAUCCGGUGUGUACUUGUGGUAGAUGAGAAUAAACUAAAAAAGAAAGACCAA